GUUUUUAGGGUUUGCCACAACUGUUUGUGUUAAUUUAUAAAGCCGCCUCUCGUUUUAGAUCAGCACCCAGAUUCUCUCUGAUUUCAAUAUGAACACAAGUUCUAUGGAUGCUGCUGAUCGGAUAUCCCAAUUGCCUAACCACAUCAAACAUCGAAUUUUCUCUUUUCUUUCAACACCAGAAGUGGUUCGUCUUAGUGUAUUGUCCAAGCCAUGGCAUCAGGUUUAAGAAAACUCAAGAAAGUUAAGGUGAAAAGCCAAAUCUCUCCGCCUCUGGAGAAGAUUGAGAUUGACGUGGUUAGUCUUCAGACUUUCUCUUAUUAUGCAUGCUACAAGGAGAAGACAGAUAUUGAUCUGACCUCUUGCAAAAAUCUAGAGGUAUUUAAGUACAAGCAUGGUAUGAUUACAGAAGACCUGAUUCAAGGCCUUAAUUGUAAUUUCCCUUCCCUCAAAGUUUUGGUGUUGCACGGUUAUCGCCAUCACAUUCAGAGGAUUGAGAUUUCUAUCCCCCUGCUUGAAAAAUUAAACCUCUCUUUACCUGACUUGUCGGCAGAGGAAGCUAUCAUCAAUGCUCCAAGAUUACUGUCAUUCAAAUGUUACAUGGAAAACAUCCCGCCUUUGUUUUCUUUGAAUCAAACAAGUUUACAAGAAGUGUCUCUUAAAUUAUCUCUUGAUCUCAUCUAUUUUCAACAGCGUGAAAGUAUUCGCGAAGAUUUUAUGGAAAUUAUUGAAAGUUUCAACCACAUCAAGCUUGUCACUCUGCGUAUUACCAGCUAUUCCUCGUCUGUAAUCAACAAAAUAGUCAGCAAAGUCUCCAAUCCUGUUUUGCUUGAUAUCAGUCACUUGAAGCUGAAAACCUAUAUAGACGGCAUGGAGAACGUAAACGUCGCUCUUGUUGAUGACUUGUUUUGUAUUUGCCGUUCUGAAUCUUUAUUACUUGUGACUGGCUGUGGAGGAAACGAUGAGUUCAUGAAGAUUCUUUGCAAGAAACUAGUGCGCAGAGGGAAACAUAAAAAUUAUUCUGCAGCUGCCCAUGUCAAAUGUUGGCAGCGUGACUUAAAAGGCGUCAAGAUCGAGCAUUUUGGAAGAAAUGGAUAUAAGAAGGUUGUUACAUGUCAUGCUUUCUUAGAUUCAUUCCGAACUCUGGAACCGAAGCAGAAGAUUCGUUUUGUAUUCGAAUGGUGAUUUAAGUUUUUUCAUUAUAGAUGGUGUAGUGUCAGUUUAUUUAUAUAUAUAAUUCCUUGAACAAGUUUUCUUAGAAAACAGUUGACUCUAGGCAGGAUUCAGCUGCAGCAGACCUUCGAGUAUGUGUUGAACAAGUUUUUUUUCUGGUUUGGGAUUUUUUUGUUUAAUAAUUUGAUAUUUUAUUCUUGAGAGCGUGAUAUGUUACUGUUAAUUUC